GAUACUGCAAGGAAAAACGCUCAAUCUACUUUCAUUUGCCAUUGCAGAAAGUUGUGCGUAUUUGUUGUGUGUUGUGCAGUUAGUUUGUUAAUAGCUUUUUUACAUUGAAAAGGCUUUAUAGUGCUAUUACUUUUACCAAGCGACUAAACGAACGAAGAAAAUCAUCAUUUCCUGAAGUGAAAAAAGACUGUGAUUCAUUGUGUAAUUACGGCGUCAUUUUGUGUUCUGCCAUUUUGCAAUAGAUCUUCUAAUAGUGGGAGUUAGUAAACGAGCUCAGCCAUGAAGUUUCUAAUACUCAUCGUCGGCUUUGUUGCGGCCGCUAAUGCGAUCUCCAUCUUUGAUCUCGUGAAGGAAGAAUGGACUGCUUUCAAGUUGCAACAUCGUAAGAAGUACGAAAGCGAGACAGAGGAACGUAUCCGCAUGAAGAUCUACGUACAGAACAAGCACAAAAUUGCCAAGCACAAUCAGCGCUACGAUCUUGGCCAGGAGAAGUUCCGUCUGCGCGUAAACAAGUAUGCCGAUCUGCUGCACGAGGAGUUUGUCCACACGCUGAACGGGUUUAAUCGAUCUGCCACCGGAAUGGGUCAACUAGUACGCGGUGAGCUAAAGCCCAUUGAAGAGCCCGUGUCGUGGAUUGAACCUGCCAACGUUGAUGUACCGAAAACUAUCGAUUGGCGCAAGAAGGGUGCCGUCACUGCGGUCAAGGAUCAAGGACACUGUGGCUCGUGCUGGUCUUUCUCCGCGACCGGCGCACUUGAGGGACAACAUUUCCGUAAGACUGGCAAGCUGGUGUCGCUUUCCGAGCAAAAUCUAGUCGACUGUUCGCAGAAGUACGGUAACAAUGGAUGUAACGGUGGCAUGAUGGACUUUGCCUUCCAGUACGUCAAGGACAACAAGGGUAUCGAUACGGAGAAGUCGUACCCGUACGAGGCGAUUGACGACGAGUGCCAUUACAACCCGAAAGCUGUCGGUGCCACCGACAAGGGCUUCGUAGACAUUCCGCAGGGCGAUGAGAAGGCACUGAUGAAGGCGAUUGCUACCGUGGGACCAGUAUCGGUUGCCAUCGACGCAUCGCACGAAUCGUUCCAGUUCUACUCGGAGGGUGUGUACUACGAGCCACAGUGCGAUUCGGAACAGCUCGAUCACGGUGUGCUGGCGGUCGGUUAUGGAACGUCCGAGGAAGGCGAAGAUUACUGGUUGGUCAAGAACUCGUGGGGCACCACCUGGGGUGACCAGGGAUACGUAAAGAUGGCACGUAACCGUGACAAUCACUGCGGUAUUGCAACCACCGCCAGCUACCCGUUGGUGUAAGGGAUAAGCGUAGGGGGGAGUAGCAAAGGAGAAGGAAGUAUGCGGCAUUUUUAUGUUGUGUGAUAUAUACAAUUUAAUAGCGGCCAGAGAAAGAGGAUGUGGUGUUUGUUGUGUCGAACAAAAAAGAAGCGAACUCACACACACACACACACACACACAUCGUAUAGGAACGGGAAUUCGAUAAACGAAUGAACGGAUAAACAGGAUCCCAACGUGUGUGUUUCAUUGGGAAGAGAGUUUCAUCAUGCCAUCGCAACAAUCACAUCCGGUGUGUCUCUGUGUGUGUUCUUUUGGUAGAAAGAGGCGAUGUUCGUAAUUUUAAUUAAUGUUAAGUUAUACGUUUACAACAAAAAAAGGAAUAAAUAGAAAGUGUAGAUUAUGGAA